GAUUUAUCCUCUCGAUUACUCGUCAUUUCGCUCAACUUAGGGUUUGAGGAGCUUACACUUUUCAACAGGGACUUCGAAGCUUCAUCAAUGGCGCCGAAGGAGAGGAAGCCUAGAGUUACCAGAAACCCAGAUCUGAUACGCGGUGUGGGCAAGCACUCGCGAUCGAAGAUGUACCACAAGCGUGGUCUCUGGGCUAUCAAGGCUAAGAACGGCGGUGUCUUCCCCCGACACGAUGCUAAGCCGGCGGCACCAAAAGCAGAAGAAAAGCCUCCGAAGUUCUAUCCUGCUGAUGAUGUUAAAAAGCCCCUUGUUAACAAGCGUAAGCCUAAGCCUACUAAACUCAGGGCGAGCAUCACUCCUGGAACUGUUCUGAUCAUCCUCGCUGGGAGAUUUAAGGGGAAAAGAGUUGUUUUCCUGAAGCAACUUCCAUCUGGAUUACUUCUCGUUACUGGACCAUUCAAGAUUAAUGGUGUUCCUCUACGGCGUGUUAACCAGUCUUAUGUGAUUGCAACCUCCACCAAGGUUGACAUUGCUGGUGUUAACGUGGAGAAAUUUGAUGAUAAAUAUUUCUCCAAGGAAGUUCAAAAGAAGAAAAAGAAGGGAGAAGGUGAAUUCUUUGAAGCCGAAAAAGAGGAAAAGAAGACGCUUCCUCAGGAGAAAAAAGAUGACCAGAAAGCGGUAGAUGUUUCUUUGAUCGCUGCCAUUGAGGGAGUUCCAGACUUGAAGAUUUACUUGGCUGCGAGGUUCUCACUUAGCUCAGGCAUGAAACCUCAUGAGCUUGUCUUCUAGAGGGAACAAUUGCAACCCAUUACAUUAGGAUUGAUUUCCAGCCUACUUAAAGAGUAAUUUUUGUCGCCGGUAGUUAAGUUGUACUGUCUUGUUUUUGGACAUCGGGAGUUCAUAUUAGUGUUAGCCUUGCUUUUUGUAAUGGUUUACUUGAAUCAAUUCGAUCUUUGUUACGUUAACAUGGAGUGGAGUAUGCUAGCCUUCUAUGAAAUAUGUACUUUUUGAGAUU